AUGAGUUCCUCAAAUUCUCACUCAAAUCCACCUACAUCAACACCAAAAUACGUCCCUCCGCAUCGCCGAUCACCUACAUACCGAGGCCAUCCCUACCUUACAUACGACGACCUACAUGCGAGAUAUUCGCCUCCAAAUUCGCCACGACUCCAUAUGCCACGUGUGCAGCGCUCUCUAUCUGCUGAGGAUCUUUAUCAGCGAUUCCACACCAAACAAGAGGAGAUACCAGGACAACAACAGGAGACGCAGGGCCAAAACUCGCCUGGGAUCUCUGUUCCACCCCCAUCCCCACCUCCACCCACUCCACGAGAUUUCGAGGCACUUAGAACACAUCGACAUCGACCAAUCUCUCCACAGCCAGUCAGGCAACCACUUAGCCCAAGGCUACCAGAUCCACCUGUCUUCACAGGCACUAAUUCAAUACCAUUCGAUGACUGGAAAAUGAGAAUCUAG